AUGGUUGCUGCCACUGUGUCCUCUCUUGCACUUGUCUACCUCCUUGUGAUCCCAGAUUGCAUUGGAACAGGGUCCUCAGCAAACAAGCGCACAAAAUCGGGAGGCGCCACAAGUGUACACAGAGCUGCGCACAUGGGGCACACAAUGGUCUUGAAAAUCUUAAUAGACUUUGGGGGUGAUGGCAUGAUUCAGGACGCUGAUGGUGAAACGCCCCUCCACAAGGCUGCUGCGCAAGGCCAUGUGGAUGCGACUGAGCUGCUUCUGUUGAAGUUUCCACAAGCAGCAACGUUAACCGAUCGACACGGGAAAACACCAAGAGAAAGAGCAGCCGGCAGGGCGAAAUCAGCAUUCUCAGACUUGAGCUAG